UAUCCUUCGGAAUGUCAAUUAGGAAAACCCGUCAGGAUAGUUUGCUUUGUUUACGGCCCUGUUAAGAGAGAAAGUUUUCAUUUUCUCAAAAAAAAAGAUUGAUUCCGAACAAAGAAAACUGUGAUUACUAUCGGAAAAAAAGAAAUGAAUUCAAUGCCAAACCACGCCGAUUUCAUGGAGCUGGGGACGAUUCACCAGCACCAGUCGACCUGCAAGCAGCACUGCUUUGUUUUCACAGAGAUCGCUGACAUUGAUUUACCCCCUGAGAUCACCAAGUACCCGGAGAAGAUCAAGAAUGGCAGUGUUCAUUCGUACAAAAAGGAAGCGGGUAUGUCUCCGCCACCGCCGAAAAUAUCCAACAGCAACCGAUCGCGUAAGAUAAUUGUGAUUGUUUCUUCGCUGUUGGUAUGCAUUGCGCUCGCAGCCGGAAUUCCGUUGGGACUUCAGUUGCGAUCUUCGUCUCUUCUGGAAGCUCGCUUAGCGUUUAUCCGUCGGUUACUAACCGAAUCUCCUCUGGUAGAAGGAUAUUGGGCACCGCAGAUGGGAACGAAUUUCAGCAAGAGUUACGCCGAAGUUAAAAACGGUAUGGUAGGAGCUCUGCUUUGGCCAAUUUCCGUGCCCUGUGCCGCGCAGUAUCUGGACGCUGUUCAGUUGACACUGGAAGGAAUAGACGACGCACGGAGAAUGGUUAAAAAGAAUCCGGAAAUGAUGAUAGUGGAAAGUGCGGACCAAAUGGAACAGGCUCACAAUGUUGGAAAAUUAGCAAUUCUGUUUGGGCUUGAAGGGGGCCAUACGCUCGGGUCCAGUUUGGCUGUCCUACGGUCGAUGUAUUCGCUGGGGGCUCGAUUUGUGUCGUUGACUGGACUCGGCUGCACUACUCCGUGGGCGAGUGCUUCGAUAAGAACGGACUUUUUUGACGAGAAUCUUCCUUCAACUUUGACCAAUUUUGGAGAGGUUAUGAUUCAAGAGAUGAACCGUCUUGGGAUGCUUGUGGAAAUAUCGCGCCUUUCGGAACCGGCCAUGAUGGUAGCCUUGAACGUUGCCAAAGCUCCUCUGUUGUUGUCAAAUGCACUUCCAUCGUCAAUGGCUUGUAAUGGGUCUACUGCCGCAGUUCCCGAUCAUAUCCUAAGUGCUCUCUCCCAAAACGGGGGAGUUCUAAUGUUGAACGUGGAGCGAUGUGGUGAAAAACCGAUGUCUCUGAAGGAUGCGAUCACUGCAAUCAACUACAUUCGCGCAAUAUCCGGAGUGGAUCACGUGGGUCUCAGUGGAUCCCCGAAAAACUACCCUCUACUGUUGGCGGAACUGGCAAGGGAUCGUCUCUGGGGCUCAGCAGCAAUUAAGAAGCUAGUCGGUGGAAAUAUCGUUCGAGUUUUGCGAGAAGUGGAAGUAAGCAAAAAUCGUUUGCCUCUAUCCGAAGACUGGAUACCACUGGAAGCAGUAGAAGGAAAUGCAUAUUGUCGCUAUCCGGAAACAUAAUCAGGCUUCUUAUUUGAGGACAUUGUUGUUACAGUAGUACCGACGUUCUUCCGUUGUAAGAGAACACAAAUACACAAUCCUAGCAUAAAUUUGAGUAGAUUGGAUAGGAGCAGAAAACUCCAUUAAAAUGUUAAAUUCAAUUAUUGAGUUCGAUUUAAAAUCAAAUAAAAAAAUAAUUUGUGGAAAAGUAUUCCACGAAUGCGUA